AUGGACCUCCAAGCAUUGCAGGACCAACUCGAGGCCUUAAAUCAACGGGAAACUUCCACGCAGUCAAUAGCGGCGACUACCAACUGCCAAUCUAGAGGAAGUCGCCUUCUUGUGACAGAUCGCUUCACCAAGCAGCGGUUCCUUAUCGACACUGGGUCGGACCUCUGUGCCUACCCCGCUUCCCUCGGGUCAAUCCGGCGCCCGGACCCUAACUUCCAGCUGUGUGCAGCGAAUGAUUCGUCAAUCAACACCUAUGGAACAUUGAUGCUCCAAUUAGACUUCAACCUGCGCAGAAGUUUCUCUUGGCGAUUCGUUUUGGCAGAUGUUUCCCUCCAUAUCAUCGGCUCAGAUUUCUUGGCAUACUUCCAUUUGUUGCCGGACUGUCAUUAUGAAAGGCUGAUUGAUGGAACCACCGGACUUUCUACCACCGGCCUGCCGUUAAACUCAGAGCAGCCAAGCGUGAAACUCCUCCAAAACAACUCCUCUCACUUUCACGAAAUUCUACAGGAAUUCCCCGACCUGAUUCGACCAGCCGGAGCUGUGCGCCAGGUCCGGCAUUCCACCGUGCACUACGUUGGAACAACUCCUGGACCUCCGGUUUCUUGUCGUCUACGUCGCCUUGCACCACAUCAACGGAAAAUCGCUAAGGCCGAAUUUGACUCAAUCGUGCACGCCGUUCCGAAGGACCCUGGGCCUCCCCGCUGCACCUCGUUCCCAAGAAGUCUGACGGCUGGCGCCCGUGUGGCGACUACAGACUGCUGA